UUUAAAAAUUCAAGUACCUGCAAAUGCAACAGUGCUGUGUAUAUUAAACCAAUGCGAUGAGCGGUAACGCUAAGCGGUGGAUGUGCGUUACAUUUGCAUUCAAGACGACUUGAAUUAUGAGCGAUAGAUACAAGCGGUCGCAGCACGUAUUGAGGUUAUGUGACUAUUUGUUUUGAAGUUUUUCGCAAAAAUGUGUUCAAAAGCAAAAUUUUCGAAUAGUUGUCGUGAAAUAUUAAUUUCGGAAGUGCAAACAAAACCGGUACUAUGGAAUGAUCAACACCCAGAUUACAAAAAAACGGAGAUAACAAGAAAGUUAUGGGGAGAUGUUGGCACAUGUAUUGGAUUAUCAGGACAAGCUGCGAAGGGGAAGUGGAAAAAUUUAAAAGAUAAGUUUCGGGUUGAACUGCAUAAAAUUCCGAAAAAACGCUCCGGCUCAGAAAAUGACAAUUAUAAGUCAAAAUGGCCAUUUUUUGAUAUGAUGCUAUUUGUAAAAGAUAGCAUGCUUCCAAGUACAACAACUGGCAACCUCUCGAAGGAACCCGAGAACACCGAUAGUGAGGAUGAAGAACAAACUGCAGAAAACGUUAAUAAUGAAGAGUCAGAUACCAUACAACAUGAACCUUCAUCACCAUCAACUAGCUCUUCACGUCCUUCAUCUUGUACAACGCAAAGAAAGACAUUCGCAACACCAACAUGUCGUAAUAAGAAAAGACCUGCACAAAACGAAAUCGACAGACAUUACUUGGAAUUAGAGCAAAAGAAACUAGAUUUAUUAGAGCAGGAAUUUAAGAAAGAUGUUGAUAUGACAGGUAACCCCGAUUAUCAUUUUUUAAUGAGUCUGCUGCCCUAUUUUACGGACAUGGACUGUUUAGAAAAAUUGGAAGUGCGAGCAAAAAUACAAGAAGUUAUCACCGAGGCCGUGCGACGCAAACAAAACACUAUGCAGUCUGUUCAACGUCAAGAAAAUUACACAAAUCUUCAACUUUACGGAAAUGAAAACUUCGAUCAAGUACGAUCCCAGCCUAGAUUACAUACAAACUCUGGCGAAAAUUUAACAGUGGGAAAAGGUAUUCAAUAUCAACCAAUUAGUCAAUGUGACGAAAAUUAUAGCAUGUUUCGGCUUGACCCGUGAAAAUAUAACAAUAGAAGAUUCUGGGUCUGCAGAAUUACUCUAUACAUCUAAUUUUAUGCAAUAAAUAUUAGUGUACUUGUCACUAUUUUUGUGUACCUACC